AUGGAUUUUUCGCCUUCAGAUAGCCACAAUGUCCUGGAGAAUCGAAGGAUGGCUUACUGGGGUCAAGGGAUGAGUAAUUACACAGACGCUUUUGCAAUGAAUCAAGGUCUAGUUCCCGGUGUCCCAUCAACUCAGGUGCAUCCAGCUGUUCCUUUCCAUAACUACAACCUAACAAAUCUGGGUCAGGAAGCUGAAACGAAUAACCAAUUGUUGGGGAACAUGCAAGUUGUGAGCUACGAUGAGAAGUAUCAUAUGGCAAGGGUUGAUUCACUGAAUCAGUUGGUCAGUUUUAACGAGGAAGUUAAUCCUGAACGCAAUAAUGCCUCUCAGGAAAUUUUCUAUGGGCAAGACAGUAGCGCUGGGGAGAAUGCAAAUGUAAUUGGUGAGCAAUUUUAUCAGCAGCAGCCAGUUAAUAGCAUGCCUCAGAUUCAUCCUGCGAAUCCACUGAUGCCUCAACAAUGGAACAUCUUGCCCUAUGACCCUGUCAAUAAUCCUAACCCAACAGUGGAUGAGUUUGGAAAUGUUGUAAACUUCAACAACAAUUGGAGCUGA